GCGCAUUGCUGUGAGCCCGCUGUUUCUCCGGUGUUGUUUUGGACCCGCAGUGACCAUCGGCUGCAGGAAGUAGUCGGGCCCCGCUUGUCCUCGGGCUGCAGGGAGAUUACAGGCAUGCCAUCCGUCUCCACUGGAAACACCGCUGCCUGCUCCCACACCAUGCUCAGCACCUGAAGGAACCACAGCUGCUGCAAUGGACACUUCGGGGAGCGAUGCUGCGUUCACAUACUUCGGGAAAGCUGAGGAAAGGUUUUAUGAUCUGGAGCAUCUGCCUCCACUGCUGGAGGACGAGGAGAAUGUGUCUCUAGCGGACAUCCUGUCUCUGCAGGACAGCUGUCUGUGUGAGGAUGAGGUGUGGGGGGUGUGUGCGGAGUGUGUCCUGGCGCUGCAGAGCAUCCGACCCUCCCACCUCUUCCACACACUGUGCAUCACCCCGGACACUCUGGCCUUCAACGCUCAUGGGAAUGUUUGCUUCAUGGAGCAGCUGAGCGAUGAUCCAGAAGGUUCCUUCGUGCCUCCUGAGUUUGACCACACGGGAAGCACGUUCGAGGGCCAUGUUUACUCUCUGGGCUCCACGCUCACUGCCGCUCUGAACUUUGUCAUCGAGCCAGAGCUGGAGGCGGAGCUGGGGGAAGAGAUUCAGAGGCUGCUGGAGCAGAUGCAGGAGGAGAAGCCGGAGGACAGGCCUCUCCUGCAGGACAUCCUCUGUCUGGCUGAAGCAAGGCUGUCUCAUACCUCCUCUGCAGCUGUGUGCCGGAAACUGUCUUCUGUUGGCCGACGCGUGCUCUCCAUAGAAUCAGUGUCAACCUUUCAAGACGGACAGGAAGGCUCCUGGGAAGCGAGGUGGCAGCAUUCAAAACCCAGAGGUCUGCUUAAGAGACUGGGCUCUGACGAUCACACCAAAGACCAGUGUGUCGAGAGUUCUGUUAAAGCUAACGGUCUGUCCAGGCAGCAGGUGUGCCGGGGCUGGGACUCCUCUCUGUGGGCGGAGGACAUGGAAGGUGAUGGAGACUGCACCACCUUGGCAGAUGAGUUGGACUGCAGGUCCCAGAACAGCUCCCCGGUGCGGAGGAGGGUCCAUCAGAGGCUGAACAGGGGGAGGGGGGCUCUGAACCGCUCCUGCUCGGUCCCAGACUCCAACAACCCCCCCUGUCUCUCCCCUCCAACUCACGGAGAUAUCAGCGUACCCGUAUCCGACCUCACAGAGAUCGGAACGGAUGAACACUCGAGCUGCGAGUCCAUGUGGAGCAACAGAGUGCCGAGACUGGACCGGGGCAGGUCCUGUGAGUCGUACCCCCGCAGCUACACCGAGGAUUAUAGGGAGGAGUCCAGAGGGAACGAGGACGCUGCAGAGACAUUCUGCAGCGGGGAAACAAAGACCCAGGGGGGCAGUGAUUGUGAUUCUAAGGACUGCACCCAGGAUUCAGCGUCUUCCUGUACUUCCUGUCAGGAGCUGGACAUGGAGCAGGACUCUUCUGAGGACCAGAGCUCGUUGAACCACACCCUCUACAUUCCUAACAACUACAUGACCAAAAGCAUGCUGUGCCUCAAUGAAGAGUCCCAGGAUGAGUGGAUCUCUCUGAGGGAGCUUCUGACUCGGUGUGGACGGCGGCUGACCGUUAACGAGCUCUGGGCUCUGUGUUUCUCCUGCCUCUCCUCUCUGCAGACCUACAUCGAUUUUCCAGCCUAUCUAUGCCUGGACACGAUGCACGUGGGCUGUGAGGGAGAAGUACUUUUCUUGAAACCUAAAAACAUAGGAUCCAGAGACGAGUUCUAUCUUGCUCCCGAGUAUCAAGAACAUGGGAUUGUGACCGAGAAGGUUUGUGUGUAUGGGGUUGCUGCUAUUCUGUGGGCUGCAGCCAAGUUCAGUUUAUCACCUCAUCAAAAGCUGGCGAUGCCUCGCAAACUGAAGAGACUGCUGCUGGAGAUGGCAAAGAGGACACCCAUUGAGAGACCUUCCAUCGCCAUGGCUAAAAGGAGCUGUCGUGACUACUUAUCCUAUCAAGGGAUAAAUGCUGAGACUGUGUGGAACAACCUCAUCCGCAGAGUUCCCCCGACAGCCUCAGAAUCCAUUGCUGCAGAGGAUUUGAGUUUAUCUGAAACUCAACAAAGCUCACUUGAAGAGUCUUCACAAAACAGCGGAUUUUUUCCCAUGGCCACUGAGAGCCGUCUGGCUCCUGUGCCUGGCCCUGUUCCCUACAGCUAUCCAGUGGACAAGGAACUCCAACUCCCAGAAGCCUUCACUUCCCCUGCCACACACUUCAGCCCCAUCAUCCUGACCGAUGAAGGGUUUUCAGAGGCGGAGAGACAACACCUUGGGGCUUCCAUUGAAGGGUUUACGGAUGAGUUCACAACCAGCAGUGAGGAAACAGGCCCUGAUUUUACUUCACAGUACCCAACUUGUACACAGACUGAACUAAAUCUACAUACACAGGAGUCGCCUGUUAAUCACGCCAGUGUAACUACAACUUCCAGCCAAGAGAUGCUGGUCAACUCUUCUUCUACUCUCCCUGAUAUUUCCUGUCUUGAAGUCUCUCUUCCCCCGCAGCUAUCCGAUCACCUCAGUGGUUGUGGUGUUUUCAACAACUAUCUCUUCUGUCAGGAUCCCAUAACAGGACAUCUCUCCUUAGUACCUGUGCAGGUUAGGGCUCCAGAGUCUCUCCUCGGGUUGGAUAUAAAUCUCUCCAUGGUUCCACAGCCUUUACAGGGACUAAUCACACUUCCAAAAGGCAAAGAUUGUCAAUUUAUGAACUAUGUUAAUAUGCCUUUGAGGCCUGGACCCCUGGAUUAUGGCCCACUGUCAUCCUAUUUCAAUGGAAGCUCCAUUAUUUCUGACAGCCCACUGGAGCACAGUAUUCCUAGAGCUUACAAUGGACAAACAAAUCCAGAAAGUGAGAAGCAGUCUCCUUUAAACUCUGCCCCCCCUAUAGUCCACCCCGCCCUACAGGAGGUGAUUGACCUCCUCAAGGGAGAGUUUUCAAUUGAUGGGGAUUUGGACAAUGGACAAGAAGAGGACGUCACUAUGGGGGAGUAUAUCUUCUCGUUGAAGGACCUCCAGUACCAGAUGUUUGCCGGUGUUGUGAAGGAGAGGUUCAAGGAUCUGUACUGGGAAGAAGACUUGCUGGGUGUACUGCACUGCCUGGUGAACUACAGCCCGUCCACACUCAGCUCUAAGGAGCAGCCUCCAUCAAAGGCUGUGAAAAGGGCAAACCUUACCCCACCCUUGAUAUCUGCUGCCUGGGGAGGGAAGAGAGAACUUUGUCUGCACGGUUGUCUGGACCUGAAUGGAAACGUACACACAGCCAGCCCCUCUGAUGUGGAUCCAUGGGAAGGACCUGAGGCCAGGCCCGCUCAUGGAGAAUAUGAGGCUGCAUGUAAAGGUUUAAAAUCAGGAUCAGAGGAGAGUCAACACAGCAUCAGUCCAGGUGUGAGCACUGACAGUCUGGACACAGGGCUCAUGGAGGGAGGGGAUCAUUCGGCGGGGGGCAGCGAUGAAAGCCCCUCUGAAGCUGAGUUUCCCUCAGGGAGAGAGGAAGGGCUGACCCAGGAGGAGCAGAUGAGCCCGGACUGGCUGCAGGACAUGGAGGACAGCGACUCUCUGGCAUCGGAGCGACUCCUCUCGCCCCGGUCCAGAGCCGAGGGGCCGGGCCCCCUCUGCAGCCCGGCCUGGGCCCUGGCUCUGUACGGACCAGAGGGUUUCAGUGCAGAAGUAAUGGAGUACGCAGUGAAUCUGGGGCAGCACACGGGAUCGCCAUGUCUGGAUGUGAAAACACAGGAACUGCAGCAACAGCUGAUGAUUGAAACAAGGAAUCUUAAGAAAACAAGAAAUUUCUACCAGAAGCUGCUGCAGCAAGAAAGAAAAAACAAAGGUUCUGACAACAAACUGAUGCUGUCCAAACUCAAGUCCCAGCUUGCGGAACUCCGAUCCAAAGUUGUCUUCUUGGAUACGGUGAAGAAAUAUCUUGAGAUUCUGAGUGUGGACCAGUGGGGUUUGGAGGUUUCAUUACUUCCUUCUUUGGCCUCCUGUGGACCCGGCUCUUUGGACUUCCGUUCCUCUGAGGAUCCGUCAGCUCUGAGCUUCAGCAACAGCAAAGGGAAGAGCAUUCUGCAGGUCGGGUCUCCUCUAGGCCUCAUGGCUUACCUCUACGCCAGAAAUGCAGCUUUGGAGGGCUACAUCCAGCAGUUCCUGUAUACCUAUCGUUUCCUCUGCACUCCUGAGCAGUUACUGCAGUUCAUUAUGGAUAAAUUCAUCGCUGCUGCAAGGCAAUGUCCCGACAUGUCAGGAGAAGCUGAGAAGAUCUUCCAUCGCAGUUUGGAUCUGCUCCAGUUCUGGAUCACAGACUGUAGACAGGUGGACUUCACCCCUAAGUCCAGCCUCCUCGAUACGUUCGAAAGCUUCCUUAACACUGAGGUGAUUCCUGUGGACAGUCGGGGGGAGGCCCUUCUUGCUGCUCUCCACACCCCUGCUUACACGACGUGGAGCCACAGAAGUGAAAGCCUCCUCAGCCUCCUCAGCUUCCAGGAAGAUGAUGAUUCUGUGUGUGUGCAUUCAUCCACUGAGGAUCUUGGAAGAAAGUGGAGAUUCUCCCGGGUGGUGGAGCCCUCUGCAGCCAUGUCUAAAGACAAGGCCUUCUCCGUCGCUACGGCCCUGCCCAUGCCCUGCUAUGGCUCCCUGGCGGAUGACCUCUCCACCGUGUGCCUGCAGAGCAAGGAGCGGAUCCCCUUCAGCCAGAAUGAGUGCAGCGCUCAGCACGUCACCCAGCAGCUCACCCUCCUGCAGCAGGAAAUGUUCCAGGGAUGCCAUCCAGUUCAUUUCCUCAACUCCAGAAUUCAAGGAGUCCGGGACAAAGUCUCCGCCCCAAACAAAUCACUGUCCCCCCUCUCCAGCAGGAAUGUGUCUCAGCACGGUCCCCCAGCAGAGGGCGGUGGUCUCCCUGUGUGUGAGGAGCCCCCCUCAGACAGCUUCCUGCAGCAGCUGCUCUCAUACGCUGACAGUGUGGCUAACUGGAUCUCUGCUGAAAUAGUCAUCUGUGACUCGGCCAAGACACAGGUGGCUCUACUCACCAAGUUCCUGUGGAUAGGAAAACACUGCUACGAGUCGAGGAACUUCGCCACAGCCAUGCAGGUCCUCGGAGGUCUGGAGAACGUGAUUGUCAGGCAAUUACCAGCUUGGAAACAUCUGUCUUCCAAGGUGUGUGAGAUCCUGGAGGAGCUACGAGCUGUACAGGUGUUCCUGAAGAGCGACGACCUGUGUCUGAUGGGGGGGGAGCACACAAGGAGGAGGCCCACCCUGCCGUCAGCGCACAUCCUGGCCAUGCACGUGCAGCAGCAGGAGAUCGGAGCCUUCACCCUCACUACUGGGGCCUACAAGUGGACCAAGCUCAGGAGCAUUGCUAAGGUUGUGAGCCAGGUCCACGCCUUCCAGGAGGCGGUGUACCCCUACAGCCCGGACCUGGACCUGCAGGCCUACCUUCGGCACCGCAUGGCCCGCCUCUCCACCUCUGACCUCCACCUCUUGGCCGCCGACAACGACGCCAACUUCCGGCAGUCCAGCGAGCGACAAGCGCGGAGGAUCCAGAACACGCUGAUGAGGGUGAAGGCCACCUUCCAAUGAGCCCUGCCCCAGGCACAGUGCCAGGCACCAGGUCAACACCUCCUGACUGAGGCCCCAAGCCCAGGCCCCGACCCUCAGAGGCCUCUGUUGUCCUGGCAGCAGAACCUUGUGGACUUAGAAACUGCUGUCAUAUACACCAUCUGUCAAAAGAACCUUAACUUAAGUAAGGGAUAAUGUGCAGCGGAGCAGUCAUUAAUGAAAAAGUAUUACACAGCAACAUACUUAAUAAACCAACGACUUGACCGCAAUUUUGAUUUGAAAUGGUUUUCUUGAUUUAAAAAUGAUCAUCCAUGUCUGUUUAAGUUCUCUUUAGUGAUUACUUCCUGUCUGUCUUCUUCUGCUGUUCCCGUUAGUGUUUACUUCCUGUCUGUUGAUUUCUCUGACGUCCAGGUCUCUUGCGCUCUUUUUCUUUUCUUCACUGGGGACAGUUCAGCCAUCAUGAAUCCAAAGUGUUGUGCUCUCCACAAAUAUCUAAAUGAAUAUUCAAAAAGUGUUCCAUGGUGUUUCUCUGAUGGAGAAAACGAAUGUUGGUUGUCCACAGAUGAUUUCUGCAGAAUGAUUUGACUGCACAAUGUGCACAUAGUAUCUCCCUUGAUUCUCCUUAGCAAUGGUCUGUUAGCGAGAAUGAACCACCUCUGGUAUGUCCCAAUUGAAUCAGAAUCGAGUAUACAACUUAGCUUUGUAAUAAGUCAAUAUAUCAGUUGAGACAACUGUAUUUGUAAGACUACACAUGUAAACCUUUAGAAAUGUGUUCGGUUCUGAUUCCAGCAUUUUUCUUGCGCAUUGAGAAGAAAUUGUUUGAUUCUUUCUCUGCUAAUAUAUUGUACUUUUGUAAUCAUUAUUUUUAGCUUUAAAGGCUUCGUACACAGAGCAUGGCAGCAUUGCAAACUGCAUGUGCAAAGAAGGCACCAUGGCUGAGACCCCCAGGGCCCCCAGAAACCACAGCCUCACUGUGUAUCAUGGUUAUAAUAUCAAUUGUAACUUUGUUUAGGAAUAUGCACCACUAAAUGAAAUAAUCAACUGACCCAAGAAGACACUUUGGUCCAGACUGAAAUGUCUCAACUAUUUGAUAGAUGUCUAUGAAAUGCUGUGCAAAUAUGAACAGUCCCUUGAGAAUAAUUCAAAAUCCCCUGACUCUUCCUAUGGCAUGACAGUGCGUUUCACCUUUGUGCUUUUCACCUGCAUUGUUCCUUAUGGAAAGCAGGCAAGACUUUAUUGCAAAAAGAGUCUAGAUUGUAUAGAAGUCUAUAAAAAGAUGACUCCACUUCUCUCUAUAUUUUUUACCUCGUUGUUUUCUUGAGAGUUGAUGGUCUUCAUAGCAAGCUUUCUAGCUGCAUGAUGUUCAUUUUGUAAAGUAUGAUCUAAUUUAGGGUAAAAUAGAGAAGAGUCAAAUAUAUAGCUUUAGGGUGGGGCUAGUAACAGGUGUUGUCUGGUUUGGGUGUUUGUUUUCUUCUUCAUCAGAUAACCUUAACCCUUUUGAUUGUGUUUUCAGUUUAUUAAAGUUCAUUUGAACAUUAUGGUUGCUUAAAAAGCAUGGUAACAGCCAAAAGGCCAAACUGAAGACUUCAAAAUGACACUUCCUAAACCGAUGGACAAACAAGUCCCAGGGUUCAUACACUUUUUCACCAAUGAUUUUCAAUGACUUUUGCAUGACUUCUCCAUGACCUUUACCUAAUUUUCCAUGACCAAAAAAAUUACUCUCUCAGCGGUACCACUGAAAAUGGUUUAUUUGAACAUGGAACAGGAAAAUAAGGUCUGAAACAUGUUGUGCCUAUCUAAAACAAAUCAAAUAGGCUUACUAGCUUCUACAGGCUAAAGCAACUACAAUCUCUCACCAGCAAAAUACCUCGACAGUUAAAUGCCAUUUUACGUUCAUUACUAUACCAUACAAUAUUUAUUAUCAUUAUAGUAUUACUAUUUCGGCAAUUAGAUAAAAUAUAAAUUAUAUUUGAUGCAACUUUAGUUAAAUUUCCAUGACUUUUCCAGGUUUUUAAUGACCGUAGGAACCCUGAAGUCCACUUCUCUGUCUAUGUUUAAAUGUUAUUUUCAUUAUUUUUAGCUGAAAUUGUGCCUUUGAGUUGCAUAUUCCUAAAUUUGACUUUAUAUAUGUAGCAGUUCUGGGAAUGUGUUUUUCCAGCAGAGACAUAUAUAAAGGGGACAGAAUGGGAGGGGGGUUAAUAAUACAAUCAAUUUGAUGUUGCUCACAUUGUAAAACUACUCUUAAUAUUGUAUUAAAUGUAAUGAACGGUUUAUUGAUCAUUUAUUUUUGCUUAACCUAUGAUGCAUAGUUUGUUUACAAAUCAUUUAUUAAAUAAGAUUUAUAUUGGUAAAUAAAUGAAUCUGAGCACAAUGUGAAAUAUUUGCAUUUGAAAAUCACCGUAAAGGGCAGAAGCUAAAUGUGUUUGACAGUAUGGUGUACCAUUACAGAGAAAUCUAUGUGCAGAAUGUAAUGGGAGGAAUGAUGUUCAGUCUAUUUUUAUAUGUUUCUGCCUGCUCUCUUUCUCUUUUUGAAUGUGUUCAUUUAGCCAAAUAAAUGACAUUUGAUAUGCCC